AUGGAGAACAGCAGUCUGGCAUGGCUUGGAAAUGAUAACACUUCUCUUCAUAUUGAACUACCAUCAUGCGCCACACUGAGGAGCCACAUCUCACGGAUUUUCCUGUAUGCCUUCCUCUCAGUUGGCACAGGCUGCACUGUUGUGGGCAACUUCUUAGUUGUCUUGUCUAUUUCCUACUUUAAACAGCUACAGUCUCCAACAAAUUCUUUUGUUCUGUCCCUUGCAGUGGCUGACUGCCUUGUUGGGCUGCUAGUGAUGCCUUUUAGCAUGAUUCGAACUGUUGAGGGAUGUUGGUACUUUGGUUCUCUUUUUUGUAGGCUUCAUUCCAGCCUAGAUGUCAUGCUGUGUACUGCCUCUAUCUUCCAUCUCAGCUGCAUUGCCUUUGAUCGGUAUUAUGCGGUCUGCAAUCCCCUGAUUUACUCCCUAAAGAUGUCCAACAGUCAUGUAGCUCUCCUCAUUGCCAUUUGUUGGACUGUUCCUAUGCUCAUUUCAUUUGGCCCCAUAAUGCUAGAUCUUCAUGUUGCUGAUGUUGACAUCUUUAUUCCUUCAGACGUGUGUGUGUUCUUGGUCAGCCGUGUUUAUGCUGUCAUGGCCUCUUUGGUAGCCUUUUACUUGCCAAUGGCUAUUAUGCUCAUGGCAUAUUGGAAGAUCUUCAAAGCUGCGAAGCGACAGGCCAAGCAGAUUAGUGCCAUGGAAAGCCAAAUGGCUGCUGGAGUGGGCAAAGACUCAAGCAAGAAAAAAAGACACCGCAAUACUAUGAAGAGGGAAGGAAAGGCCGCAAAAACUUUAGGCAUCAUAAUGGGAGUUUUCCUUAUCUUCUGGAUGCCUUUCUUCACUGUCAACAUUGUGGAUCCAUUCAUUGAGUACACCACCGAAGGGAUCGUUUGGGAUGUUUUUCUCUGGUUGGGAUAUAUAAACUCAUCUUUAAAUCCCUUCCUGUAUGGAUUUUUCAAUCGCUGCUUUCGUAGGGCGUUCCUCAUGUUUCUCAGCUGCAAAGUGUGUCUGCCUGGAAUAUCGUCCGGAAUGGAGUUGUCGCAUUCUAAGAAAGAGAAAAACUAA